AUCGGUCGCGGUGGGUUUGGGGUUGUUUAUGCGGCUACGCAACCAAAUGGGGAACGUGUCGCUCUCAAAAAGAUUUGCUCUCGUGCCGCAGCCGAGCGUAUCAAAAAUGAAAUUAGAGCCAUACGCUGCUUGCGACAUCCAAAUAUUGUUCAGUUCUUCGAAGAUUUUGUCGAAGGUGGUGAUACUUACGUAGUUAUGGAAUUGUGCCCAUUAGGGUCAAUGCGUGCUUACGUCAAGAAAAAUGGGCCACUUAGCGAUAAAGCAGCUGCGUAUGUAUUACGCCAAAUUAUCUGCGCUGUGAAAUACAUGCAUCGUGAAGGAGUUCUUCAUCGUGAUUUGUCAUCUGGAAAUGUCCUUAUUAGUAGGAUAUUUUCCCCAGAGAAAAUAUCUGUGAAACUUUGCGACUUUGGGCUUGCCACCCACCUGAGAAAGGGAGAAACGGCAUGUACUGUAGUGGGAACUCCUGGAUAUAUAGCUCCUCAGGUUUUCAAACAAGAGUACGAUCAAGCUGCUGAUGUUUACUCGAUGGGUGGUGUA